CCGCAGCCUCCCCUAAAGGGCUGCCCAACGCUGCAGAGAGCACGCUACAAGCGCUGCAGCAUAAAUGCCGAAAGUGGCGCCGGCGGACGAGGCGGAGGCCAAGGCGCGUCUGCUGCCGCAAAGCCAUGGAGACGUCGCCGCGUUCGCGCGGACCGCGUCGCGGUGGCUGGAACGCAGCGAUCUGGAGGGCACGAAGAUCGGCGCCGCGCACGCGCACCUCGUGAAGGCCGAACACGCGGAGCUCGCAAAAGCCACGGUGCUGGUGCGGCGCGCGCCAGAGCCGGAGAGCCUCGUCGGGUCGCUCGAGCUCCACGAGACGCGAGCUCUGGCGCGCCAGGGCGAGGUCGAGACGGACGAGGCCUUCAGCGGCGCCGGCCUCUUCGGCGGGCGGAGACCCUUCGCGAUCUUCCUGUGGUUCUUAUUCGGCGCAAUCAUGCUCGUCCUGAGUAUCCAGUAUGCGUGUUCCCUGGCUGUGCGCGACGCGGAGGCCGAGCCGGCGGUGUACUUCGACGUGCGUGCCGUGGCGCGGGGCAAACCGGCCUUCAUGGUACCGCCAACCGUCGACCGCUGCAUGGGGCCGUGCACGCACCGGGACGCGCGGCGCGCGUGCGAAAUUUUGGGUGGUACGCUGCCGUGGGGCCCGUCGACGGCGUCGCUCUCGUACGACCAAUUCCGGGACGAGGAACGCUUCCACGACGCGGACACGUGGUUGGGCCCGCGGCGGCGCGCGCCCGCCGGGGCGUUCCAGUGGCUUGACGGUGCUCUCGUCGCCGACGGGCCCUGGGCGAGCGGCGCGGCGCCGCCGACGAUGGCGGAGGACGAUUGCCUGUACGUGGUCUCCGGGACCGACGGCCGCUGGGCCGCCGCGGCCUGCGGCGAAAAGAAGAUCGCGCGGUGCCAGGGGAACGCCGCGAGGACCACGCGCAUGGAACUCUCCAUCUUCCUCAUGGUCUUCUGCAUGGCCGCGACGCUCCUGUGGCGGGCGUGGGCGCUGUGGCGCGGCCGCGACUACCUGGCCUACCACGCGCUGACCUCGUUCACGGUCGUCUUCGCCCUUACGUUCCAGUUCUUCGGCAUCGCGGUAUACGCGCAUCGGCCGUGGGCCGGCGGCGUCUUCACCCUAUGCCUGGUCACGUCCGGCGCGCUCAUCGCGCUGCAGGUGGGGUACCACCUGGCGCUGCGGGACGUCUACGUGGCGCAGCUGUGGAUCACGAUACUCUUUUACUACUUUGGAAUCGGCUUCGUGUUACUCAUCGCGGUCUUCUCGUGGGCGUGGCCCAUCGGUCCGCUGCUCCUGGUCGUCGCCGCGUAUCUCCACUAUUCCCGGAACCAGGCAUUGAAGACGUCGUGGGACAUGAUCAAGGGCGACUUCGAAAAAUACGAGGCGACGUGGGCGCGGCUGGUGGCGGAGACGGGCGACAUCGAUGCGCACGUGGCGCGCCUGCAGGACGAGCUCGCCGCGGCGCUGGGCGGCGGGUCGACCGGCGUGGCGGCUGCCAUCGGCCGGAGCGUCCGCCGGGGGCGGACGGGGGACCACCCGCGCCAGUGCGUCGGCGACCUGGCCGUCCUCUUCGGGCAGGCGUGCAAGCUGAACGCGUACUACCAGCUCGCGGUCGCCACCUGGAGCGCCGGGCUGACUGGAGCGGUCGUGUCGCACGCGCCCAUCAAGCGGCGCGACCGGGCGAUCGAGAAGCUGUGGCGGAGCUACCGGGGCGACGCGCGGUUCUGCAUCGACCUGGUCCGGGCGUCGAUCACCUUCCAGAGCUUCGACGCGAUCACCGAGUGCGUCAAGCGCAUUCGCGAGGACCCACGGGCCUGCGUCGUACAUGCGAAGAAUCGCUUCCGGCGAGAGUACGACGCCAAGGGGACGGCGGGCUACCGGAACGUCUCGCUUUCCAUCGUGCUCGUCGACGCGGUGACGUCGUCGCUCGGCGUCGAGACCCACGUGUGUGAACUGCAGCUGGGCAUCGCCCCCUUCGAGGACCUGAAGCACUCGAUGGGGGGCGACGUCGAGGCCGGCGGCGGCGAGUCCGGCCACCAGAGGUACAAGCGAUUUCGUAACCUCCGGGCGAUUUGA